AUGCCAGGCGCUUUCUCUAGAUCCCCUUCAAACGCUAGCUUUGCAGGCAGACCUUCUCCAGCAAAGCCUUCUCUCGGCUCAAAUCUCAAUCGUAGACCUGGCGGUGGCGGUAAAUGGAUCGACGGUCAGCACAUUCCUGCUCCUCGUAAUGACAAAAUGGAAAUUGAUCUCUUUGGUGAGCCAGGCGAUCCUCUCAACUCAAGCACUGGUAUCAACUUUGAAAAGUACGCUGCUAUCCCAGUAGAAGCUAAAGGUCACGGUGUUCCUGACCCUAUCACCGAAUUCACAAACCCUCCAAUAGAUCCUCAUCUGAUUGAAAACAUCAGAUUUGCUAGAUACACUACGCCCACUCCUGUUCAGAAAUACUCUGUUCCAAUCGUCGGAUCUGGUAGGGAUUUAAUGGCCUGUGCUCAAACUGGUUCAGGUAAAACUGGUGGUUUCCUUUUCCCAAUCCUCUCUGCAUGUUUCUCAAAUGGUCCUUCCCAAGUUCAACCUCCUAACCCUCCAAAAUACGGUGGUACUAAGGUUUAUCCAACCGCUUUGAUCCUUGCCCCUACUAGAGAACUCGUAAAUCAAAUUCACGAAGAAGCUAAGAAAUUCGCUUACAGAUCUUGGGUUAAGCCUGCUGUCGUUUAUGGUGGCGCUCCAUCUGGCGAACAAAUGAGACAAUUAGAUAGAGGUUGCGAUUUAUUGAGUGCUGCCCCAGGUAGACUUUGCGAUUUCAUUGACAGAGGUAAAAUUAGCUUAGCAAACGUAAAAUACUUGGUUCUUGAUGAAGCUGAUAGAAUGUUGGAUAUGGGUUUCGAGCCACAAAUCAGAAAGAUUGUGCAGGGAUGCGAUAUGCCAACUGUGCAUGAUCGUCAAACACUCCUCUUCUCAGCAACAUUCCCAAGAGAGAUACAGAUGUUGGCGAGAGAUUUCCUUAAGGAUGAAGUUUUCUUGUCGGUUGGUAGAGUCGGUAGUACUUCAGAAAACAUUACACAGACAGUUGAAUGGGCUGAGGACUUUGAAAAGAAGAGCGUUUUGCUUGAUAUACUGGAAGGCCACAUGGAGCCUGAUGGGAACAACAGAACAUUGAUAUUCGUAGAAACAAAGAGAAUGGCAGACAUUCUGUGCGACUUCUUAUUACAAAACAGUUUGAGAGCCACAGCAAUUCACGGUGAUAGAGAUCAGAGGGAAAGAGAGUAUGCAUUGAGCACAUUCAAAAAGGGUACUAACCCAAUGAUGGUUGCCACAGCCGUCGCAGCACGUGGAUUAGAUAUUCCUCACGUCUCACUCGUUGUCAAUUACGAUUUACCUUCUGAUAUUGACGACUACGUACAUAGAAUUGGUAGAACAGGUAGAGCUGGUAACACAGGACAUGCUAUCUCAUUCUUCAAUCAAAACAACCUUAAUAUCGUUAGAAGCUUGUCUGAGAUUCUCAAAGAAGCUAAGCAGGAGAUACCUGAUUGGUUUGCGGGUUGUAUGCAACAAGCCAGUGUGUUUGGUGGAAGAGGUAGAGGCAGAGGAGGAUCUAGAGGAGGAAGAGGAAUGUCAUCUAGAGGCGGUGGCAUGUCUUCAGGAGGGUUUGGAUCACCAUUUAGAAGAACUAAUGGAUCUGGUUGGGAUAAUUCUUCGGGAAAUUCUUCCUUCUCUCACGAUUCACCGGCUUAUUGGAUACAAAAGUAA